GCGAAUAAAAGGGCGCCGGCUCUCCGCGCGGAGCUGGGAAGCGUCGCUGCGUCGCCCCCGGCCCGGGAAGGGCAUGGCCCCGGCGGACCCCCGGCGGUGACUCGCGCGCCCCGGCCCCGCGGAAGCUCAGGGCGACUAGCUCCCGUGUGUCUCGGCUUCCGAAGGACAGGUGCACAGGGUCAAGGGCGCAUCGGGACACGAUGCCAUCCCCGCGGGCUCCGUGGCCGGCGCUGUCCGUGGUGCUGAUUCUUCUCUGGGGCCGCCCACCGGCCGCGCUCCUCUGUCCGCACCCUUGCGCCUGCUACGUCCCCAGCGAAGUCCACUGCACGUUCCGGUCCUUGGCUUCUGUGCCCGCCGGGAUCUCUGACCACGUGGAAAGAAUCAAUCUGGGAUUUAAUAGUAUACAGGCUUUGUCAGAAACCUCGUUUGCGGGACUGAGCAAGUUGGAGCUCCUUAUGAUUCAUGGCAACGACAUCCCCAAUAUCCCCGACGGGGCUUUAAGAGACCUCAGCUCCCUCCAGGUUUUCAAGUUCAGCUACAAUAAGCUUCGCGUGAUUACAGCGCAGACCUUGCAGGGUCUAUGGAGCUUAAUGAGGCUGCACAUCGACCACAACAAGAUCGAAUUCAUUCACCCGCAAGCGUUCGACGGCUUAACGUCCUUGAGGCUGCUCCACUUGGAAGGGAAUCUGCUGCAUCAACUCCACCCUGGCACAUUCUCCACGUUCACGUUUCUGGAUUAUUUCAGACUCUCCACCAUCAGACACCUCUACCUGGCAGACAACAUGAUUACGACUCUCCCCACAGGGAUGCUGCAGAACAUGCCUCUUCUGGAAAAUCUUUACCUGCACGGCAACCCCUGGUUGUGUGACUGCAAGAUGAAGUGGCUUCUGGAGUGGGAUGCCGGAUCCAAAGGAACUCUGAAGUGUAAAAAGGACAAAGCCUAUGAAGGUGGUCAGUUAUGUGCCAUGUGUGCCAGUCCCCAAAAACUGCACAAGCAAGAGAUUCACAAGCUGAAGGACAUUACUUGUCUGAAGCCUUCCAUAGAGUCCCCUCUGAGACAGAACAGAAGCAGGGACAGGGAGGAAGAGGAGGAACAAGAAGAAGAUGGGGACAGCCCGCUCUCCCUGGAGGGGUUCCAGUUCCCCCCAUGGAACAUCUCUUUGAACAUGACCGACGAACACGGGAACACCGUGAACUUGGUCUGCGACAUCAAGAAGCCAACGGGCCUGUACAAAAUUCACUUGAACCAGACGGACCCUCAAGAGAUUGAUAUAAAUGCAACGGUUGCUCUGGACUUCGAGUGUCCCAUGACUCGGGAAAACUAUGAGAAGCUGUGGAAACUGAUCGCUUAUUACAGUGAGGUCCCCGUGAAGCUGAACCAAGAACUCACGCUCAGCAAAGACCCCAAGGUCAGCUACCAGUACAGACAAGACGCCGAUGACGAUGCCCUUUACUACACGGGCGUCAGAGCCCACAUUCUUGCAGAACCAGAAUGGGUCAUGCAGCCAACCAUCGAUAUCCAACUCAACCGACGUCAGAGUACGGCCAAAAAGGUGCUGCUCUCCUAUUAUUCCCACUAUUCGUUAACGAUUCCUGCCAAAGAGGCCAGGCAGUCUCGGAGCAGAAGCUGGGUCAUGAUCGAGCCCAGCAGAGCGGUACAAACAGCCCAGACUGUCUUGGAAGGGGGUCCGUGCCAGCUAAGCUGUAACGUGAAGGCUUCUGAGAGUCCAUCCAUCUACUGGGUGCUCCCAGAUGGCUCUGUCCUGAAAGCACCCAUGGAGGACCAGGAUGGCAAGUUCUCCAUCCUCACCAGUGGCUGGCUGAAGAUCAGAUCAGCAGAGCAGUCAGACUCGGGUUUCUACCAGUGCAUUGCUCAGGUGAGGGAUGAAAUGGACCGGAUGGUGUACAGGGUGUUUGUGCAGCCACCUGCCACUCAGCCACCUGAUGGACAUACAGUGACAAUUCAGAAGAACCCAGGGGAGCCCGUGCUGUUGCCUUGCAGUGUACUGGCCAUACCCGAAGCCCAGCUCAGUUGGAUUCUCCCAAACAAAAGGAUAAUUACUAAUGUGGCUAACACGUCGCAUGCGUACAUGUUGGCCAACGGAACUCUUUCCAUCCCAAAGGUCCAAGUCAGUGAUGGCGGUUACUACAGAUGUGUGGCAGUCAACCAGCAAGGGGCAGAUCACUUUACUGUGGGGGUCACCGUGAGUAAGAAAGGGUCAGGCAGGUCAUCGAAGAAAGGCAGACACCCAGGUGGGAAGAAUCUUUCCAGAGUGCCAGCAGAUGUCGUAGAGGACGAAGGCGGUUCAGGCAUAGGAGAGGAAGAGAACGCUUCAAGGAGAGUUCUACACACAGAGGACCAAGAGACGCUCGUCAAAACAAAGGAUGAAGCCGUCACGGGAGGUAAGAAAACGAAGAAAGGGCGAAGGAAGCUCAAGCCCUGGAAGAGUUCUGAAAAAGAGCCAGAGACGAACAUCGCAGAAGGUCGCCGAGUCUUCGAGUCCAGACGAAGGAUAAAUAUGGCAAACAAACAGAUUAAUCCAGAGCGCUGGGCAGAUAUUUUAGCCAGAGUACGUGGCAAAAACCUCCCUAAGGGGACUGAGACACCCCAGGGCAUCAAAUCCACCACUCCUCCCUCCGUGAGGCCAGAAGUGACACCGCUUUUGCCUGCUGUUCCUCCACCCUCAGUGUCACCUGCAGAGACCACAACCAGCGCCGAAGAAACCUCAGCAGAUACGUCUCUAUUUGGUGAGGAAGAUCAGGUUUCCAGCACUGUGGCCUCAACCAAGAUGGAACUGGAGAGUGGGCACGAUGGAGUAAUUCUGGCUGAACCCAAAGUGUCAAGCAUGCAUCUGGGAAAAAUUAUUGACCAUGACUUUUCUAAGACUGAGGAGAUGACGCCCACUCAAGUUGACCCACAGUGGGCUACAGCCGUGGCACUGACAUCCGUGCCUUAUGAAUCUUCUACUCUCCAGACCCUGGACACAGUCUACGAAGAGCCCACCAAUGAAAACACGGGUACAGAGAGCUGGCCUGCAGUGGAUGUCGGAUCCGUGCCAGAGCCAGAUGGGUAUGAAUCUCCAUUGGCUGCCGGCGCCUUGGCUGAGUCGGAGACUAACUACCCAGAUUUGGAGACUAACUCACAACCAGGUGGAGAGAACACGAAAGAACUGACCUUCACUCAGCUUACGCCAACCACCGUCUUGUGGGUUGUUGACUCGAGGACAUCUGAGCCAUUAGACGGUCUCACAUUAGGGGAGCCAGCUGUCCAACCCCAGGGUCACCCAUGGAGACAAACAGACAGCACCCAGCUUGGGAAAGGUGCUUUAAGCACUCAGGGAAACCCGCUGAUUGAAAAAGGCACAGAGGAGAAUUCUCAGACACUACAGGAAGAGGAGAAUUCUCAGACACCACAGGAAGGAGAUACGCCAGAGAGAGACCCCACAACGUCCAGAGAUCCUGAGAGUAUGGGAAAGCGAGUCAAAUCUACCACUCCGCCUGACUCCGCCCCCGGAAUGACGAAGGGCAUGGCUCCCUCCAAACAUCCCAGCGAGAGCACACUCAGUGGUCUCUUUGACAAGGACAGCACCACGGUAGCAGCGGUGACACCAACUCAAAAGGCCACUUCGGCUUGGGGGCUGACCACUCACACUUCUCGAAAGAGACCCAACGGGAGGAAGAGAUUACGCCCCCACAGGUUCCGAAAUCGGCAUAAACAAACCCAGCCCACGACUUCUGCCCCCACGGAGACUUUUUCUACUGCACCUACGCAAGUACCCGAAGUGAAGGUUCCAGAGCGCAUGGAGAGUUCACCGGUGCCCACAUCUUGGACUGGCAGCAGCGUUGACGUCCCCAAGCAGGUGGAAACGGAGAAGCAGGCGGAACCAGUUUCCAGAGGAACCCCAAGAAGAAAACAUGGGAAGAGGCCAAAUAAACAUCGGUAUUCCACUUCUACAACGAGCUUUCCCACGUCUGCCUCGACACCCAGCCCUCCCCCAGAAAACAAACAUAAAAACCUCAUUGUUCCCAGCCCAGAAACCCCACUCUUAUCUACAACCAUUUCUCUGACAACUGGGGACCCACGUGAGAUGACUACAGUGGGAGAUUCUAUGACAACCACCCCAAAAAGACACUCAUCGCCCAAUAAACUCCAUGAGACCAUUCCAGUUACCUAUAAACCUAUAUUGGACGGAACGGAAAUGAAGAGUUACGGUGUCACAAACAUCAACGAGCAUAAAACCGAUAGCUCAGGCCCCGAUGGCACCAUCAGUUAUGCUCCAUCACCCUCCACCGUGGGACAAUUCCAGGAGGGAACUGCUCCAUCGAGCUUCCCCGGAGCCUCACGCUGGAAUCCCCCAGGGGCAGCCGCAUCUGGGACACUGCCCACAGACACACCUGCUACCAGCCCUGCGGAAAGCCUCACAGACUCACCCUUUCUUCAACGGUUGGAGGAUCUGGGUUUUCCUUCUGAGUUUCCCCCGUCAGUUGCAGCGUCUACCCUGCUUCAACCGAAAGAAGUGCUUGUUUCAACCCCUGUCUCGAGCAUAAAAGUAGAGCCGUCUCCAAGUCAGGCAGAAACCACCAUCAGUGCUCACGAUCGUCAGGAACCCACUCCAGCUAAAAGACCUUGGACUCGUGCCGUGACUCCCUCUUCGAUAGAGGAGGCUGCUUCCCCAUUCCUGGCCACCACCCUUGUGUCCGUGAUGCAGACCUUCACGGAGCCCACAUCUCUUGCCUCAAGGACACCUCCAACAUCAACAGAUUCCCAGGAAAACGUUUUCUUGAAUUAUGUGGGGAUCCCAGAAACCAGAGCAGCCCCAGUGAAUAAGGAGGGAACUCAGCAUGUAUUGAGGCCACAUGAAUUAUCCACCCCUUCUUCCAACCAGAAUAAAUUUAACUUAACCCCAAAGCAAGAGCUGGAAAAGGAAGCAUUUGAUGGAAAGACCCCAAACGGUCUUCCACGCGGCCCCGACGGAAAGGCUGGGAGAGUCCAUGUCUUCCACCAGCCAGCCAGAGUUACUGCCAAUCCAAUCCCCCCGAGGGGGACGGUGAGGCCCCCACAUAUGGCCACAGAAGGCUCCUUUAGAUACUUCGUAACUCCCCAGCCCCCUCGCCACUUGACCGACAAACAGGAAAUAACAGCGUACCCUUCAAGGGUGUGGCCAGAAAAUAAGCACUUGACGACUCCGAGAUUACCAAGUGGGACAAACCCCAUUGUUCUCACUCCGAAGCCCAAACCUCACAUUCCUAGCAAGUUCCCUGACCAAGGAAUGGACCGGUUUGGCGUCAGCCCCAAAGUGUUUGGGGAUAACAAGAUCCCGGAUCUAAGAGAACCUGUUGGAAAGCUUCCGAGUUCAAGGGUCCCCCAUUAUCCCAAUGGAAGAUUCCCUUUCUUUUUCAACAGGACUGUCUCUUUCCCACAGUUGGGAGCUACUCAGAAGCCCCAGAUGCUUGCAUCUCCUGCCCCCGGCAUAAGAGAGAAAAAAGUCAACCCAGGGCCCAACAAUAGGAUACAUUCUCAGAGCAUCAUCCACAUGGACUUCGGUCCCCCUGCACCUCCAUUAUCGCACCCUCCCCGGGCCACGGGGCCACCCUCAACAAACGUACAGAACAUCCCCAUGGUCUAUUCCACCCGGAGCUCCAUCCCCAUCAUGGCGUCCUCAGGCCAGCCUUCCAGAAGCUUCCACCAGAGCACCUCCAAGCUGUUCUCUGCUGGAGGUCCACCGGCAUCCAAAUUCUGGACGCAUGGGGAAAAGCCCCAAAUUAUCACCAAACCCCCUCAGACGGUGUCUGUCUCCGCAGAGACAGAUGUUGUGUUCCCAUGUGAGGCGACGGGGAAACCCACACCUUUCAUCACCUGGACAAAGGUUUCCACAGGUGCUCUGAUGACCCCGAACACCAGGCUCCAGCGCUUCGAGGUCCUGAAGAACGGCACGUUUGUCAUCCGGAAGGUGCAGCUGCAGGACCGUGGCCAGUACACGUGCACGGCCAAAAACCUGCACGGGGUGGACAGGGUGGGGGUCCUGCUGUCUGUCACCGUGCAGCAGCCGCAGAUCCUCGCCUCCCACUACCAGGACGUCACCGUGUACCUGGGAGACACCAUAGCCAUGGAGUGCCUGGCCAAGGGGACCCCAGCGCCCCAGAUCUCCUGGAUCUUCCCGGACAGGAGGGUGUGGCACACCGUGUCCCCCGUGGAGGGCAGAGUGACGCUGCACCAAAACAGGACCCUGUCCAUCAAGGAGGCGUCCUUCUCAGACAGAGGCGUCUACAAGUGCGUGGCCAGCAACGCGGCGGGCGCCGACAGCCUGGCCAUCCGGCUGCACGUGGCCGCGCUGCCCCCGGUCAUCCAGCAGGAGAAGCUGGAGAACAUCUCGCUGCCCCCGGGGCUCAGCAUUCACAUCCACUGCACCGCCAAGGCCGCGCCCCUGCCCAGCGUGCGCUGGGUGCUGUCGGACGGCACCCAGGUCCGCCCCUCGCAGUUCAUCAACGGGAACCUGUUCGUCUUCGCCAACGGCACGCUCUACAUCCGCAACCUGGCGCCCAAGGACAGCGGCCGCUACGAGUGCGUCGUCGCCAACCCGGUGGGCUCGGCGCGCAGGGUCGUGCAGCUGACGGUGCAGCGGGCGGCCGCCAACGCGCGCAUCACGGGCACCUCCCCGCAGAGCACCGACGUGCGCUAUGGCGCGACCCUGCGCCUGGACUGCAGCGCGUCCGGGGACCCCUGGCCACGCAUCCUCUGGCGCCUGCCGUCCAAGCGCAUGACCGACUCGCUGUUCAGCUUUGACACCAGAAUCAAGGUGUUUCCCAACGGGACUCUGGUGGUGAAAUCUGUCACAGACAAGGAUGCGGGGGACUACCUGUGUGUUGCCCGGAAUAAGGUUGGUGACGACUUUGUCGUGCUCAAGGUGAACGUGGUCAUGAAACCGGCCAAGAUCGAGCACAAGGAGAAUGACCACAAGGUCUUCUACGGAGGUGACCUGAAAGUGGAUUGUGUGGCCACUGGGCUUCCCAACCCUGAGAUCUCCUGGAGCCUCCCGGACGGCAGCCUGGUCAACUCCUUCAUGCAGUCUGACGACGGCGGUGGCCGUACCAAACGCUACGUGGUUUUCAACAACGGGACACUCUACUUCAAUGAAGUGGGCAUGCGGGAGGAAGGGGAUUACACUUGCUUUGCCGAAAACCAGGUUGGCAAGGAUGAGAUGAGGGUGCGGGUCAAGGUGGUCACAGAGCCAGCCGCCAUCCGGAACAAGACGUACGCCGUGGUCCAGGUUCCCUAUGGCGAUGUGGUCACUGUGGCGUGUGAAGCCAAAGGGGAGCCCACGCCCCGGGUGACGUGGCUUUCUCCAGCCAACAGGCUGAUCCCCGUCUCCUCCGAUAAGUACCAGAUAUACCAAGAUGGCACUCUUCUCAUUCAGAAAGCUCAGCGCUCAGACAGCGGCAAUUACACCUGUGUGGUCAGGAACAGCGCCGGGGAGGACCGGAAAACAGUCUGGAUCCACGUCAACGUCCAGUCGCCCACCAUCAACGGGAACCCUAACGCCAUCACCACCGUGCGGGAGAUCGCGGCCGGAGGGAGUCGCAAACUCAUUGACUGCCAGGCAGAAGGCAUCCCCACGCCGAGGGUCUUGUGGGCCUUUCCCGAGGGCGUGGUUCUUCCGGCCCCGUACUAUGGGAACCGAAUCACCAUCCAUCGCAACGGCACACUGGACAUCAGGAGUCUGAGGAAGAGCGACUCCGUGCAGCUGGCGUGCAUUGGCCGCAACGAGGGAGGGGAAGCCAGGCUGAUUGUCCAGCUCACGGUCUUGGACCCUGUGGAGAAGCCCAUCUUCCAUGACCCGGUCAGUGAGAAGAUCACCGCCAUGGCCGGCCACACUAUCAGUCUCAACUGCUCGGCCACAGGGACCCCAAUGCCCACCCUGCUGUGGGUCCUUCCCAAUGGGACAGAGCUCCAGAGUGGCCAACAGCUGCAGAGAUUCUACCAUAAGGGUGACGGCAUGUUGCACAUCAGUGGCCUCUCCUCCGUGGACGCCGGGGCUUACCGCUGCGUGGCCCGCAACUCAGCCGGCUACUCGGAGAGGCUAGUUUCCCUGAAGGUGGGACUGAAACCCCAGGUCAGCAACCAGUAUCACAAUCUGGUGAGCAUCAUCAACGGGGAGACCCUUCAGCUGCACUGCACCCCUCCGGGGGGCCGCUCGGCUCGCCUCUCUUGGACGCUCCCCAAUGCCAUGCUGUUGGAGGGCCCCCAAACACGGGGGCGCUUUUCCCUCUGGGAAAAUGGCACCCUCACGGUGCGCGAUGCUUCCGUCUUCGACAGGGGAACCUACGUCUGCAAGGUGGACACGGAGUACGGCCCUUCCGUCGUGAACUUUCCAGUUAUCGUGAUAGCGUAUCCGCCGCGGAUCACCAGUGAGCCAACGCCCGUCAUCUACACGCGGCCCGGGAACACCGUCAAGAUGAACUGCAUGGCCAUGGGGAUUCCCAAAGCCGAGAUCACCUGGGACCUGCCCGACAACUCGCACCUGACCGCCGGGGCGCAGGCGCGUCUCUAUGGGAACAGAUUCCUUCACCCCCAGGGCUCCCUGACCAUCCAGCAGGCCACACACAGAGACGCGGGUUUCUACAAGUGCACUGCGAAAAACAUCCUAGGCACUGACUCGAAAACUACUUACAUCCACGUCUACUGAAACGCCGCCCCCAGAAUGUGGACUCCACAGUUAGAACAAAGCAUCAUUUGUAAGGAAAGCCGCCUCAGUCAGCUGGUCAGAACGCUUAAUGGGUCUGUCACGGUGCUCGGGGGGCCCCCGUCUGGGUUUCAGGUUCAUGUUGACUUUGACCUACGCUUGUCGGCAAAAGGAAGCAGUGGCAACACGAGAACGAUGGUUUGGCCUCUCCGGGGACCUUCAUUCGUGUUUAUGGGAUGUCGUGUGCUCGCAGGAGCUGGACACGUAGGGUGCUGUCUGAUUUGCAGACCACGUCUACUCUACUGGGCAUCUGUAGCCGACCUAAGGAGCACUCACUGAAAAUAAACCAUAGAGAUUACCAGUGCCUUGCUAUCCCAUUGAAGAUGCAUCCCCUAGUUAAUCUGCUGCAGCCCUAACAUGAUAGAAUGUUCUAGAAUGACUACCCAUCUUCCACUUAUGUUCUGUCACUUUAGAACUCCAGCUUGCCCUGGAAGGGCUUAGAAGCACAAUGACUGAUGUCUUUGUAAUGUACAAGUUGCGUACAAUACAGCUACCGUUUUAUAUGGGACUCACUUUUUAUAUAAUGGACUCACUUUCUCCCUGGAACUCACCUUCUAUAUAUUGUCUUACAUAAAGACAUGUUUUAUAUUUUUCUUUCCAAUCAGACGAUGAGGCUAGAGAGAAAGAAAUACUUUCUGUCUCAUUAAAAAUAAUAAAUUAUUGGUCUUUACAAGACUUGGCUACAUGAGAGCAGGCAUGGAAGUGCAAUUGAAAAAAAACAUAUAUCCUCCAAACUUCCUUGAGAAAAUUCAGUAACUGCUAUUAUAUUACCUUCCCCGCACCCUUACAGUGUGGGAGGCUGGGAUAUUGGAUUUCCUUGUUUGGGGAUUUAUCUUGAGAGCUGAAGUCAGUGGGUGGGGGGAAGGGGCAGGAGAGAGCUAAGCCGUGCCCCUGCACAAUGAAUCCAGGGCCUCCUGGAAAAGCCUGGAAAUGUCUCUCCCUCACGCCAUACCCCAUCGGUGUGUGCUCAUGGAAAAUAGGAGACAUGUUUAUCCCCGUGACUGCUUUACUGUAUUUUUAAGGUCAAUAUAAUGUACAUUUGAUAAUAAAAUAAUAUUUUCCAAAUAA